GUAGUUAUAUAGGAUACUACUAGCUUAAAAGCCUUAUUUAUAUAGGUAGGUUAGCUUAUUAAAGUUGCUAAGGCUACGCGAACAAACUUUUGACCUAGUACUGUACUUGUCGCGUGUGCUUCUGUAUAUAGGUCAAUAUACUCUCCUGUGUAACGUUUUAUUUGUCUACUUUUCGUGUUACUGCCAGCUAGAAUGAGUUCCAGCAUGUUAUUGUCAGGACUGUCAUCGCUGUUAUCUUUAUGUUGAUGUCGUAGUUGUGAUGACGGGCAGAGCUAAGCGCAGUGCGCUCAUUGCCCGGUCGCAUGUGGCGUAUUUACUGACGACAUUCCUCCCCGCGCGCAUUGUCACCUCCGAGUCGGCAGCAAUUGAGUGCUGUCGCCAGCAGCUCCACCUCAACCGCACUGCCCGAUUCGACGUGCGCCGCAACGAUCAUGGCGGGCCCCGCCUUUGCAGAGCUGCCGACGGAGAUCCUCGAGUCAAUCUUCUUGCUGCUCGACGCACCCUCGCUCUUCGUGCUCGCGCAAUCGCACCGGCUGUUCAAGCAGCUCACCACCGACUCGCCCAUUAUCUGGCGCCACCUAUGCCACACGAGCUUCACCACAUGGGCGCCACAUCAUCAUAUCGCUGCCAAAUUCGCCGGCCCGCUGUCCGACGUCGACUGGCGGGCGCUGUACUUUCGCAGGAAGCGCAUCGAGCGCGAAACGCGACGGCUCCUCAACCAUAUUGUGGCAACGCAGCAUGAGCGCAUGCGGUGCAUCAACGAGAUUGCAAACUUUGGCAAUGAUGCAAAAGAGUCGCUGCUGCGCGAGUGCGCCUGUCCCGAUGACGUAGAAGAUGUGCUUGCAAGGCGAUACUACGCGAAUGCUGCGCUAGAGCGCAUCCACCGUGAGAUGGCAAUCAACGUGUGGAAAGACCUGCAGGACGCGAAGGACGUGCCCAUCGACAGAGCCUUAGGCGCGUACGACCUAUUUGCGCGUGGUGGUGAUGACGUCGACUUCGAUCUGAUGGCAGACGACCUCAAUCGUCUGGCGCGUGGUCUGCUCAGCGACCAACCUGGCUUCCAACAGCUCAGUACGCGCUCGAAGGCGUCGGCGCUUGCUUUGUAUCUGCGCAAUCAGGGUUUCCAAGGCGUGCCCGACACUUCGUAUCGUGCAUUGCGAAACUCGUUCAUCGGCCUUGCCCUGCAAUCGCCCACACACCAGUCGUUGCCUCUGAUAUCUGCCGCCCUGUUUUGUGCUUUGGCCCAAAGAGUUGGUCUUGAUGCUCGUCCAUGCGGUUUCUUGUUCCACGUCUAUUGUCUCGUCUACGCCCCGAGACAGUAUACUCUGGAUGGCGACUACAAUCCCAGCAGUACCGGGCCUCUUGAUUUCAUGUACCUCGAUCCCUUUCGCUCAUCUGAUGAAGUCCGGCAGGGCGAUCUGCUGCGUGUCCUACGCGAUAUGGGCGUCCCCUCUGCCGAUCAUCAGACCUUUUUGUCUGACACAACGACUCGCGAAAUGGUUCUCCGCACCGCGCGCAAUAUCAUGAACUCGGUCCAGACCAUCCGACAAACUCAAGUUGGCGUUCAUGGCAUCAGCGCUGCAUGGCUCGACGCAUAUCCUGACAUGGACAGUGCUUUCUAUUCGACAUUAUGGGCCAUGUUGAUCCUGGGACCAGGAGACGACGGAGCACAAGGCUCCGCCCAGCAGGUCUCGUCGCGCAGACGCCAGUAUUUGCCUUACCUGCUCGAACACUUCCAGACCCAUGUCGCAUGGGACGUUGCACUGCUUGAGCAAUAUGUCAUACCCAUGUUCUAUACACAACCCGAAGGACAGCGGCUUUUGCAGUUUGUGCAGAGCAUGCACCAGAUCGAUAUGCUUCGCCGACCGUUGAUUAGAAGGACUGCGCGUGUACGCAAUGUAGAAUUUAGGGUUGGUCAACUGUUCAGGCACAAGCGCUAUCAAUAUGAGGGAAUCAUCACCGGCUGGGACACAAGCUGUGACGCGGGCGAGGAGUGGAUUCAAAACAUGGGGGUGGAUCGACUCCCAGGUGGGAGGAACCAAGCCUUCUACCAUGUUCUUGUUCACGAUAAAUCCGUUCGUUACGUUGCUGCCGAAAACAUCGAGCCUGUCGGCCGUGAAACGCUGCCCUCGGCCGCCAUCAUGAAACUAGCUGGACGGCAUUUCAAGCGUUGGGAUGGCGCCAGCCAUACCUUCAUAAGCAAUUUGAGGGACGAGUACCCUGAUGACUAGGGUACUGUCGAAUACGUUGAUGGUAGCCAAUUCUGAUUGGAUCAAGUGUUGCAUAAUGCAAAACGCUAU